AUGACAUUCAAAUUAUCAGCAAGUUUAUUACCAUUAUCAUAUGGUAUAAUUGCAAUGGGAUCAUUCAUUACAACAUUAUUUUUAGCAUGUUAUCUUCAUUUUGAAAGAGUAACAAAGAACCAUUGUAAAAUGUAUGAAUUUUUACCAUCGAUUUCAUCAACCAUUGGUGAUUUCUCACCAGAGAUGAAUGUAUAUCGUUAUGGUAUGGCAUUGACAAGUGGUUUACGUUUAGGUACUAUCUAUUUGAAUCAUCAUGUAUCAACUGAAGAGAAAAACAAUCUUUUGGCUCAAUCAAAUAGUGGUCGUAAAUCAUUCACAAGUAGUUCAGUGUUAGAAUCAGUCAGAAGAUUAGGUUACCUUAUUCCAAUGUCAACCGUUUUCGAUACAAUUCGUGUUUUCUCUGCUGGUGGUUGGAUUUAUAUUAGCUCAAGUGAACAUUUAUUUUCCCAUCAAGUUGGUUUCGUUUCAUAUGUUAUUUUUUCUUUCCUCUAUAUGUAUACUCAUUGUGCUGUACUCUAUCAUACAAAGAUUAAGUUUAGAGCAGGUUUUGAAAAUCAAUCAAUUUCUUCAAUCAUUUUCAAAGGAAAUUAUAGCCCAAAAACUCAAAAAGAUCUCUUCUCUUUCAAAUGGAAAGCAAUUUUAGGUAUUGCUCACUUCCUUUUAUUCGUUGGUUCACUCAAAUAUUUCGUUGAUCAUACUUUUUAUUGUGUUUAUUUAUCUUAUAGUAAAUAUUCAAUCUUUGAAUGGUUAUUAGCAACUACAAAUAUCCUUUACGAUACUUUAACUUAUUUAGAUUUCGAUGGACUUUAUUUCACACUUCACCGUGAAAAGAAAUCUUCAAUUUAA